CGGCGCUCGCUCGCUCGCUCGCUCCACAUCCCUCCCCGGGCCGCCCGCCCGCUCACACGCACGCAGGACGCACGCACGCUCGCUCGUUCCCUUGCUCGCACACGCAGGCACGCAGGGCUCGCCCGGAGCCGCGGGGGAGUCCGUGUCCGUCGGGAGGGGAACGAACGAACGGCCGCUCGCCGGGGGGGUGUGCGCGCGCGCGCGUGCCCCACACUCACGCUCGGCGCUUGCACACGCACGCUGCCCUCGCCCCGCAGCCCAGCGGCCGCCUGAGGCAGGAGGAGCCCGACGCCCCCCGGACCCAUGGCGCUGAAGCGGAUCCAGAAGAUAACACCAAUGAAAUAAGAGGUCCUAACAGGCAGUGAAUGUACUAGCUUUUCAGGCAUGUCAUCCGGUGUGUAACUCCAAAUACAAGAUGCUAAACAGCAUGAAAAAGUGAAUUCCUCUGAUUUCAACUCAGCAGAAAGUUUUCAACAUAAAUGCACUUUUUCUUUACCGACUUCCACCUGGUUCUUUCACUUCCUGCUCACGUCUGAAUAUUUAGGUUGGUUUUUUUUUUUGAGUGUGAGGAACAGCAAGGAGGCCGCUUUGACUGGACUGUAUCCUUAGAUGGGAAAGGAGUUAAGUGAUCUGCAGCGAGACCCUCCUGCCCACUGCUCAGCAGGACCUGUGGGAGAUGACUUGUUCCACUGGCAAGCAACUAUUAUGGGACCUCCGGACAGCGCAUAUCAAGGUGGAGUCUUCUUUCUCACUGUACAUUUUCCCACAGACUAUCCUUUUAAGCCACCAAAGAUUGCUUUCACAACAAAAAUCUACCACCCAAACAUAAAUAGCAAUGGAAGUAUUUGUCUUGAUAUCCUGAGGUCACAGUGGUCACCAGCUCUGACUGUAUCAAAAGUUUUGUUGUCCAUAUGUUCACUACUUUGUGAUCCGAAUCCAGACGACCCCUUAGUACCAGAUAUUGCACAGAUCUAUAAAUCAGACAAGGAAAAAUACAACAGACAUGCGAGAGAAUGGACUCAGAAAUAUGCAAUGUAAAUUGGAAGAUUUUUUUCCUAUAUCCCAGAGUACUGUAAAUUCUAGGUUUUUUCAAUAUUAGAAGUAAAUCGAGCACCGUUUACUGUUCCAGUGUAUCCUGAAACCCUUUGAUUUUUACCCAUUUUAAAUGUGUUUCUGGAGCAAGACAAAACAAACUUCCAAAAAUAACCUUAAGACUGUGAUGAGAGUAUUUAUCCUUUUGUAUGCUUUGCAAAAGACAUUUAUUAUGGUUUUUAAGAUACUCGGACAUCUGCAUCUUCAGCCUACAAGAUCCACAGUGCAGUUGUAAAGCAACCAAAUUAUUUUUGCUGAUACUAGAUGUUUUUACAUGAGAUACUGUAUGUGUUUGUCUAAGAUGUCGUCAGUUUUAUAAAUCUGUAUUCAGAUUUCAUUCUUUGUUAGCUCACUAUAUAAUUUGUAUUUUUUUACUGUAUAGACUAAAUAUAUUUUAUUUACCAUGUAAGUCAACUCAUUAGACAUUUUCUUCCUGUGCACAGUAUUGACAAAAUACAACUGCUAGUAAUGAAACGAAUGAAACGCUUCGCCUCCUUCUCUUGCUUAGGAUAUUCCGUAGACUGAUUGCAGAUUCUUAAAACCUAACAUGAUCUUUUACACUGUAAUUCUCAGUAUGCUGAUUAUGGAGAAACACUUGUUUUGAUUUUGUUGCAUACUUGACUUAAUUUUAUUGCAAUGUGAACUAAUUGCACUGCUAAGUAGGACGAUAUGUAACUUUCAUUUGUUGCUUUUCACAUUUGAUUUUUUUUCGUACGUAUGGGCAAUAUAAUAUUCUCACGGACCUUUUACAGAUCUUACUGUAGCUUUUUCCAUAUAAAUAAAAUGCUUUUUCUACUACUUGUCAUGCCUGUUUUUACAACAAGACUCAUUACUAGGUCUAUGAGAAAGGAUCUGACUAUUGUAUAUAGUUUUGCAUGCAAAUUAUUGAUGAGGAGUACUCCAAAUUUUGAAAAUAAGGUCUGCCUUAUUCAGAGUUCAUGUAUUUAAUUUUCAUUUGUUAUCCUUACAUUUCCUGUAUAAAUCUUGUCUGACGUUAAAUUAGCAUCCCCGUAACAGGAAGUCAUCGUACUAACAAAUAAUUCCUGUAACUCUCUUGCUAUAGAGAAAAAUUCAGAAUAUUGUGGGUCUGUCCUGGAUCCUGGUGUUGAAGCAGUUUGUUUGUUUAUCAAAGAACCAGAAGGAAUCUCUUAGCGAAGAUGAUUUCACUGUUCUGGCAGGCUUGUGGGAUGGACCCUGAGGAUAGCACUUGUAGACAUGAGGCCUAGUUAAUGAAUUAGUCAGACUUAAUAUAUGUCUACAGGUGCAUGUUUUCAAAAUAAGUUUGUUCAGUAGAUCUACCUUUGAUUUUAUCCUCAAUAUUUAACAUAGAAUUAACUAAUAUAGUAUUUUAGAAAUGGAUUCUCAAUUUUGAAUUAAACGGAUUUUUUACUAUAGAAGUUUUAAGAAGACACUAAAAUCAUGCAUGUUUGAGUCUAUUUUUGUGAGUAGCUUGCUUCAGAGCCCCAAACUGACUUGUGUCAAACUUUCAUUAUUGCGUAAUGAAACCUUUGAAGAAAAUAAAUUUUCUAAUCAUUUGACUUUAAAAGAUAGUAAUAACUUACAUUUGUCUAGUGAGUGACAGUUUUGAAAGCACUGCAUCCAUAAUCUCAUUUGGCCCUCAUGACAAAGCCCAUGAGGGGAAGCAGGCCAAGUGGUAGUGAGUGCUCCCCUGGGACAGACAACUUGCACACGGUCACACAGUAAGGAAGUGAUAGAGCCAGAAUUUGAACCCAGGCCUUCUGAUUCUAGGGCCAGUGCUAUUUCCCCUACGCCAAGGUGCUAUUAUUAUUAUUGUUAUUAUUGUUGUUGUUAUUAUUAUUAUUGGUGUUGUUUUCUUUUUCACCGCCUAAUGUCUUUAACACAGUCAUUUCUCCUGUAGCAUUGCAGUGGUUCUAUAAAUGUACACCUAUUUGUGAUGGGUUUAUGACAGUAAUUUAAAUCGGUCGGCUAUCUUCUGGAUAGGAAGUUACAGCACAAAUAAGCUUAUGAAAAAAUAGAGAUGUCAUGUGUUUUAUAAAUGUAUGUAAAAUAUUUAAAUGAAUUGUGAAAUGGAAACUUAAAAUGUGAUUGUUUAAAAAAAAAACAAACACCUCAUACUUUGAGUAUUCAUGGUAGAGUCAUUUGAAAGAUACUUUAUAUUCUUGGCUACUUCCUCACUGAAUUUGAAAUGGGGUUGAGGUAGCUGGAAGAAACUCUUGGCCUCACUGGGGUUGGAGAAUUAAUCUACUUUGGUAGUAAAGGACUUUGUUGGCUGGAAUAUCCUUAUAGCUUUUGUUUUGUGACAUUCAUUUAUGGAAGUAUCAUUUUUUUUUCUUGCAUUAAAGUUUCUGAAACUUGACAAAAUAGUGUUUUCCUUUGCUUUACUCAAUUAAAUUCUCUUCCUUUGCUUUACUAGUUCUGGGUCAUACAGAAAAAAGUCACCAAGCUGUCUGCUGAAUCGAGACACAUUGAAAAGGAUUCACAGCCCAGCAGUGGCAUAAUGAUGGGUCACACAA